ACCUUCAUAGUUCCGCCAACGCCAUGUACCGUUUCGCAGUUUUGGUCUUGGCCCUUGUCGCCACCGCUUACGGUGCCAGUAUCGCCGACCGUAUCGUCGGCGGCACGAACGCCGCAGACGGAGCAUAUCCUUACCAAGUUUCGUUGAGGAUAAGCAACAGCCACUUCUGUGGCGGAUCCAUCAUCAACCAGCGAUGGAUCCUGACCGCGGCUCACUGCAUAACUUCUUACCAAUCAAACCCGUCGAGGAUCCAAGUUGUCGUCGGAACUAACAAGCUCAACGAAGGCGGCGACGUCUACGUAGCCGUUAGAGCGAUACCACACCCGAGGUACAGCUCCCUCUUGAUCCGUAACGACGUAGCACUGAUCGAGGUCGAAGAAGACAUCGUCUACGAUAGCAAAGUCCAGCCGAUUCCAUUACCCACUGAAGACUUCACGAAGACCGAUUACCCGGCAACGCUUACCGGCUGGGGAAGCACCAGUUUCCCAAGCACCGGGGCUCCGAAUGACCUUCAACAAAUCUCCCUGAACAUCAUCAGCCAGGAAGCCUGCUUGGCCAGAAGCAUCCUCACUUCCGCAAGUAACAUCUGCACCCUCACCGUCGCCGGGGAAGGUGCCUGCCACGGAGACUCUGGAGGCCCGCUGGUCUCCGAUGGAAUUCAAGUCGGUAUCGUUUCCUGGGGAACUCCCUGCGCCGUUGGCGAUCCCGAUGUCUUUGCUCGCGUCUGGAGCUUCAUUGACUGGAUAAACGGAUACGUGAACUGAUGAGACUAGUAUUUUAUGGAUGUAUUUAACUUGUCUAAUAAACAAUACG